UGCCGCCAGGCGCACGUGACUCAAUCCCGCCGCUGUGAUUGGCUGAGCUGGCGAAGAUAUAUCUAAAGAACAGACGUCUAGGUCAGUCGUGUGUUCACCGUGCGCUGCUGUUCCUAAAAACAAUGCUGCUCAACAAGAUUCUCAAAGCCAGCGUGCGAUCCGGCGUCCGGCUGCAUAGCUCUGGUGCUGCCGCCGCCAAUGCUGCAGCAUCUUCAGGCAGCCACUCCUCGCUCGGCUUCUCGUUUGAGAUGACCGAUCAGCAGAAGGAGUUCCAACAACUGGCAAGGAAGUUUGCCCGUGAGGAGAUCAUCCCGGCCGCUGCCGCUUAUGACAGAAGUGGUGAAUAUCCUUUCCCCCUCAUCAAGAAAGCCUGGGAGCUGGGUCUGAUGAACAGUCACAUACCUCAGGAAUAUGGUGGAAUGGGUCUGUCAAACUUUGACAGCUGCCUCAUCACAGAAGAGCUGGCUUACGGCUGCACCGGCGUCCAGACUGCCAUAGAAGCCAACUCCCUGGGGCAAAUGCCAGUUAUUCUCGCUGGCAGUGAUGCUCAGAAGAAGAAGUACCUGGGAAGGAUGACCGAGGAGCCUCUCAUGUGUGCGUACUGUGUCACAGAACCAGGCGCUGGCUCUGAUGUGGCCGGCAUCAAGACCCGAGCUGUGAAGAUGGGUGAUGAGUACGUUGUCAACGGGCAGAAGAUGUGGAUCACAAACGGAGGCAAAGCUAACUGGUACUUCCUCCUGGCUCGCACUAACCCAGACCCCAAGUGCCCAGCCAGCAAGGCCUUUACUGGUUUCAUUUUGGAAGCUGACACUCCAGGAGUUCAAGCAGGAAGAAAGGAGAUGAACAUGGGCCAGAGGUGCUCCGACACCCGAGGCAUCACCUUUGAGGACGUGAGGAUACCGAAGGAGAACGUCCUCAUCGCUGAGGGAGCAGGUUUCAAAAUCGCCAUGGGUGCCUUCGACAACACAAGGCCGCCGGUGGCGGCAGGAGCCACAGGCCUGGCACAAAGGGCGCUAACUGAAGCAACCAACUACGCACUGGAGAGGAAGACGUUUGGCAGAGUUAUUGCUGAGCACCAGGCUGUGUCCUUCCUCCUGGCUGAGAUGGCGAUGAAGGUGGAGCUGGCCCGGAUGGCCUACCAGCGGGCCGCGUGGGAAGUGGACCAGGGCCGCAGGAACACAUACUACGCCUCUAUCGCCAAGGCCUUUGCUGGAGACAUCGCCAAUCAGGUGGCCAGCGACGCUGUUCAGAUAUUUGGGGGCAACGGCUUCAACAGUGAAUACCCAGUGGAGAAGCUGAUGAGGGAUGCCAAGAUCUACCAGAUCUACGAAGGCACAGCUCAAAUCCAAAGGCUCAUUGUCGCCCGUGAACAUCUGGGAAGAGCACAGAAAUAAGCUGUGCACACUCGACCUGCCCUCUGUCACAUUAGAGUAAAUGUGACAACAUUUGCUUAAAAUGGAACUUUAACUUUUCUGUUGAACGGCACCAGUCAAAAGUUUCUACAUAAUUUUAGAAGAUGUUUUAUGUGCUAAUUUUGAAUGUAAAUAAUAAAACGAGGUUUGUCCGGACUUUUGACUGGUGCUGUAAAUGUGUUUCAGACAUAGUCAAACUUGGACUAUUGUGCAGAUCAAUGUAGUUUAUCUUGGUUUUCUCUUACUCUGGUUCUAGCAGCAGUAAUAGCAUGGAACAUAACGAUUAUCAUAUAUGUUUCUCAGAAUGUGUUCAGUUUAUGCCUUAUUCUUCCUCUGUCGCUUCCUGACACGUCUGUACUCCUGAGCUCACUUUUUGUGCCAUGAAAUAAUCCAUCUUACAAAUUCUUUCUUUACUCAUGCAUCCAAUGCAACAUUUUUACGUUUUAUGUUUGAGCUAAGUCCAGUUGAAUCUGUACAGAUGCGGGAUUCAACAGCAAGCGUUAAAGACAUGAGAUUGUGACUACGUGUUAAAAACAUGUCUGAUAUCGGUUUUCUAUUUGAUUUAGGACUGUUUUACAGUGGUGGUGUAUUUAGUUCAAUUCCACAGAAAUGUUUUUUUUGUAAGCUCAUGCAGUCAGGUUAAUUGGAGUCUCUAAAUAAAUUGCUCCAACACCGAUA